AUCCGAUCCUGGGGAAAUCCAGGGAGAGUUUUAGUGAGGGCUCUGGGCAGAGCCCUAGCCCGAGCUCAGGCUGUGAGUGGAGGGAGGUUGCCGGCGAACUUUGUGCGGAAAAAAAAAGUUGGACUGUCCCCUUCGGGCAGAGCAGGGACACGGCAGGGAGCGGCUCCACUCAAGGACUUUGACUGACUUUCUCCUCCCAGCCCCAGCCACCGAUCACUGGGGAGACUUUUUUUAAGGGGGGGAGAGAAGGAAAAGGGGGAAAAAAGAACCCUGAAGAGAAAUGGGCCGGAGAAGAGUGUCGCUGCUUCACUGGCGGCUCCUCAUCCAAGUUCUUGUCUUCUGCUUUUCUAUUAUACAUGCGUCAAAGGUUUUAGAUGAAGUUCCAAUCCCAGAGGACUCUGAGCUGGACCAGAGUCACCUUCGACGGCGGAGGUUCCCCUUGGAAACAGAUGAUGAGGACUUUGUAACAUCAGCUGAGGGGAGCGCUGACUUUGAAGAAGGUAGCACACCAGUCACAGUUGAACCUGAACAUACACCUCUAACCCCGACGGAGAUCCCAAAGGAAAAAACAAAAUCCUCAGUGUAUCCUUUAAUGAUCCCAGUUGUGGCAGAAAUGAAUAGUAGUCCAGAACCUCCUCAGUAUGUAUACUAUCGUGUGCUGGUGAACUUCACUACUUCUAUUGAGUACAGUCCACAGUUGGAGGACUUUGAUUCUGAAACAUUCAGAGAAGUAUCAGAAGGAAUCAUCGACACACUUGAGUCUGAAUUUUAUCGGAUCCCAGGAGACCAAUCAGUCACUGUGGUAUGGAUCAAACAACAGGACCAAAAUGUGAUUGUCGAGCUGGAUGUGGGAUCCGAUGGAAACAGCAAUGAUGAGGAGAUACAAGAAGUGGUUUACUCAGUCGUGAGGAGUGGAUCAAUCGGGCCUUAUGAAACAUCAGUUGAAGGCUUCAAAUUCCGACAUCUAGGAGAAGAUGUGAUCCCUGCAGUUCGUCAGUGCCAUCCCAAUGAAUUCUCCUGUGGGUCUGGCGAGUGUGUUCCUCUUGAGUAUCGCUGUGACUUCAGGGCUGAUUGCAAGGACAUGUCUGAUGAAGAUGACUGUGCAAAGACCGUCACAACAGUUCCCCCGACUCCAACUUUGAAAGUUGAUAGGAGAGUCCAAACACCCACACCAGCUACUUUUGUGACACCCAAACCAGCGAGGCGAACACCAAGGCCACUUGUUACUGCAGCACCCCCUGCCCCCACUCCAGAUUUUCUAAGGCCCUGCCCAGUAGACAAGGCCGUAUGUCAGAAUGGGCAGUGUAUCCCUAGAGAUUAUCUGUGUGAUGGAGAAAGGGAUUGCACAGAUGGAAGUGAUGAGCUGGACUGUGGAGCACCAUCACCAUGUGAGCCCAAUGAGUUCAAGUGCAGGAAUGGGCGCUGCGCCCUGAAGCUGUGGCGCUGCGAUGGGGACAAUGAUUGUAUGGACAACUCCGAUGAAGAGUAUUGUCCUACCAAAGGGCCCGGCGAUAUGUGUGCCCCUGAGCAAUUUGUCUGUGUUUCAACAAGACAGUGUAUCCCAGCAAGUUACCAGUGCGAUGAGGAAGCUGAUUGCCCUGAUCGAUCAGAUGAAUUUGGAUGCACUCCUCCUCAGGUGAUCACACCACCAGAAGAAACAGUCCUGGUGAAACGGGGCGGUACAGUGACACUAACGUGUGUGGCAGCGGGAGUUCCAACUCCCAUCAUUACCUGGAGAUUGAACUGGGGUCAUAUCCCUCUUUCCGGCAGAGUUACCAUGACUAGUCAGAAUGGCCAGGGGACAUUGAUCAUUAGGGAUGUCAAGGAGUCCGAUCAAGGAGCUUACACAUGCGAAGCCAUCAAUGCCAAAGGAAUGAUCUUUGCAAUCCCCGAUGCACUGCUGAUUUUGAAAUCCAACCCAGGAGUUUGCUCUGAAGGUCAAUUCAAUGUGGAGGGUAGUCUGCGAUGUGUUCCUUGUUUCUGCUUUGGUGUUACUAGAAACUGUGAAGCUACAAACCGCUAUAGAAACCAGAUACAUCUGCGCUUCACUGAGGAAGACAACUUUAUGGGUGUGAAUGUGACUGCACCAGCUCAGCCUGUGACACCUCCUGUCUCAACCUCUCAGAUGAUCGUGGACCCUGACUCAGGGGAGUUCCAGUUGGUUGACCUGUCAAGACGGUUCCUCAGCCAUGAUUCCUUCUGGACUCUUCCGAGACAAUUUCUGGGGAAUAAGGUUGAUUCAUACGGAGGGUCCUUGCGCUACAAGGUUCGCUACAGCGUGGCAAGAGGGCAGUCAGAGCCAGAGGAAAAGGCAGAUGUGAUUAUAACAGGAAAUGGAAGAAAACUAAUCUACAGAACGAGGACCUCUACCCAGCCUGAUGUUAUCAACCAGAAAGAAAUCCUGUUCACUGAGGAGAACUGGCAGCACGAGUCAGGCAUCCCUGUGACACGUGAAGACCUAAUGAUGACAUUGGCUAAUCUCGACAAGAUAAUGAUCCGAACAAAGUACGACAACAGAAUGUCCAGUGUUGGCCUCAGUGACAUUGUCAUGGAUACAACCAGUGUGGAAUUUACAACUCUGGGAAAACCAAAGCUUGUUGAGCAAUGCAGAUGCCCACUAAGUUACAAGGGUCUGUCUUGUGAAAGCUGUGCGCCUGGAUUUAAACACGUUUUGACCGGGCCUUACCUGGGUGUUUGCGAUGGGUGUAACUGCAAUGGCCACGCUAGCAGCUGUGAUAAAGUUACAGGAUACUGUCUGAGUUGUCAACACAACACGGAAGGUCGACAUUGUGACAAGUGCAAGCCUGGAUUUUUUGGUGACCCCACUCAAGGAACUGCCAAUGACUGCAUGCCGUGUCCAUGUCCGUUUACUGAUUCCCAGAGAAGAUUUUCAGAAACCUGUUUCCUGGAUACUGAUAGGCGCCCUACCUGUGAUGCUUGUAGAGUUGGCUACACUGGACGCAGAUGUGAAACUUGUGCUGCUGGUUAUGAAGGAAACCCGAUGUCUCCAGGUGGAAAGUGUACACCACAUGCUGGAUAUAUUUCAAAUUGUGACAGCAGAGGAACAGAAUCUGCAGAAUCAUAUCCAGGAUCCUGUGUCUGUAAGGCUAAUGUUGUUGGAAGACUCUGUAAUCAGUGCGCGCCAGGGUCCUUCAAUUUGGAUGAUGCCAACUUGAAUGGCUGUUUGAAAUGUUUCUGCAUGGGAAUCAGCAAAGAGUGUGCCAGUUCAUCUUGGCACCGAGACCAGGUCCGAGCUCUCUCUGGUGAGCAAGAGAGGAACCUUUACAUGCUAACAAACAUGGCACACACUCAGAGGAUCACUGAAGGCAUUAAAAUCAGUGCAUUGAGCGAACUGACUUUUGCAAACUUUGAUGCAGUCCCACGAGAUGUCUACUACUGGGUGCUACCUGAUCGGUUCAAAGGUGAUAAGGUUACUUCUUAUGGAGGGGAAUUACAUUACACAAUCCUGCACAGUGUCUCCCCUGACUCUUUGCCAAUCACUGGGAUGCCAGACGUUAUUCUACAAGGCAACAAUAUCUUCCUGGAGCACUACGCGGCUAGGAAGCCACAAGCUGGCAUUCCCUCAACUUUCUCUGUUCCUUUCAAAGAAACUGCAUGGCGACGGGCUGAUGGCCAGCCUGCUACCAGGGAGCAUCUCCUGAUGGCUUUAGCCAAUAUUGAUGUUGUCAUGAUCCGAGCAAGUUAUACUGAAGGGAUGACUGAAAGCAGAAUAUCCCAAAUCCAUAUGGAUGUAGCUGUCCCACAUCCCACUGGACAGGAACAGGCAGUUGAAGUGGAGGAAUGUAUUUGCCCAGAAGGAUACAAGGGAUCGUCCUGUCAGGAAUGUGCUUUUGGCUACACACGCACAACGAGUGGGUUGUACCUGGGAAUGUGUGAGCGCUGUGACUGCAAUGGACACUCUGAAUGUGAUGCAGACACUGGGCAAUGCUUGAAUUGCCUUCACAACACCAGGGGCCUCCGAUGUGAACAAUGUGAGUCUGGUUUCUAUGGCGAUGCCAGAGGUGGAACUCCAAAUGACUGUAAGCCUUGCCCUUGUCCAGGGUCCACUCCCUCAAAUCAGUUCUCCUUGACUUGUUUCCUGGAUUCAGAUGGACAGGCAACUUGUGAUCGUUGCCCCAGCGGUUAUGAAGGCAGGAACUGCGAAAGAUGUGCACCAGGCUACACUGGAAAUCCAGUAUAUGGACAACGUUGCUCGACUGACUGUACGUGUGACUGGAGAGGGAGUGCUGGAGGCCACUGUGAUGCCAAUGGGCAAUGCCAAUGCAAGCCUCAUGUACAAGGACGGACCUGUGACACUUGCAGACCUGGCUACUUCUACCUGAGUGCAGAGAGCAAAGAGGGCUGCCUGCCUUGUUUCUGUAUGGGUGUGACACAGCAAUGCAGCAGCUCCUCAUACUACCGGAAACUGAUUUCAAGUCCAUUUGUUCCACCAAACAACUUUCAGAACUUCUCCCUGGUGAAUCGUCAGCGCACCACACGCAUCACCUCGGGAUUUACGGUGACGGUGAGAGACAGGGAGCCACAGCUAUCGUUUGGGCGAUUUGGGCAGUACACCCAGGAAUCCUACUACUGGCAACUUCCAGAGGUGUUUCAGGGUGACAAGAGGGAGCAGUUCUUUGCCCGUAUUAGACGAGGACACAAGAAAGACCCAUCUUUGACUGAGGACCAGCUGAGGAAAGAUGCAGCCAUCUGGGAACUCUUGAGCUCCUCUUCACCGCUUCCUAGGGUUAAGCGAUCCUCAAAGUCUGUGCCUGAUAUGGAAGAGCAGAAGCGUAUAGAUGAUGAAGUAUGGGCAAUUAUAUCUGGCUUUACUGCUGAGCAGUCGCACAAGCCACGUGUUCAUGGUCCCCCGGGUAGCAGGGAUCUGUCCAAUGCUUCCCGUCCAUUAUCUCGACUGGCCUCAGCAAGGCCUGCUGGACCACCUGCUCCCUCUUCCUCGCGCAAACCAUCUCAUUCCACACGCUCAUCUUCCUCUUCAAGAGCUACUACUUCCCGUUCUUCUCACCCUUCAUCUCUACUUUCUCGUCCUGCCGACUACAAAAAGCAUUCUCUGCUUUACAAGGGUUUCAGCCUCCUUCCUGAAAGCAAUUACUAUUGGCGUCUACCUCACCAAUACCUGGGGAACAAGGUGACUUCCUACGGUGGACUCCUUCGGUACACACUCUCCUACGAUGCAGGUUACCGGGGUUCCUCAGUACCAGAUGCUGAUGUACAAAUCAUUGGCAAUGACAUUACCUUAGUGACCUACCACCAUCACCCACUUCAACCAAGAGAGAUACAGUCCUUUGAGAUCAUGUUCAAGGAGCAAUUUUGGAAGCGUCCAGAUGGUCAGCAAGCCACUCGGGAACAUCUCUUGAUGGUCCUUGCUGACUUGGAUGAGGUCCUCAUCCGUGCCACCUACUCGACCGACAUGAUCUCUGCCAGCCUGUCUGACAUGAGCAUGGAAAUCGCAGUGCCAUAUUACACUGACCUGGCACAGGCUCUGCAAGUGGAAGAAUGUCGUUGUCCCCCAGGAUACCAUGGAUUGUCCUGCCAGGACUGCGCUCCUGGUUACACGAGGACUGGAGGAGGCCUGUACCUCGGAGAUUGCAAAUUAUGUGAAUGUAAUGGACACUCUGACUCCUGCCACCCAGAGACUGGUGUUUGCUCGAACUGUUUACAUAACACGGCUGGGGAUUUCUGUGAUCAGUGUGCCCCUGGUUAUUAUGGAGAUGCCACUGCGGGUACAGCAGCAGACUGCCAACCUUGUGCCUGUCCAUUGACAAUUCAAGAGAACCAGUUUUCUCCUACCUGUGAAAGUAGCGAAGUUGGUGGGUACAGGUGUACAGCAUGUCUCCCUGGCUAUACAGGCCAGUACUGUGAGCGUUGUUCCCCGGGGUAUUCUGGCAACCCAAGAAUUCCAGGACAGAGGUGUUAUCCAGUCGAUCGCAAUCCUUUCCUGGUUACUGUUAUCCCUCGGAGAACAACAGUGGAACAAGGCAGCAAUGUGAUUCUGAAGUGCCAGGUUAUUGGUCAGGCUCCAUUUUACUACUACUGGAGCAGAGCUGACGGUCAUCCUCUAUCCAACCGCGUUCAGCAGAGGGAACAAGGUGAAGAGCUGGUGAUUCGAGAAAUUAAAUCAUCUGAUGCUGGAAUUUACGUGUGUACUUGUCGGAAUAUACAAAGCACCAAUUCAAGUCAGGCUGAAAUCAUAGUUACUGUCCCCUCUUUCAAAGCCAUAACCGUGACUGUGGAAGAACCGAGACGACAAACAGUGAGAUCUGGUGUCACUGUUAAUUUUAUCUGCACAGCAAAGAGUCAGUCUCCAGCGUAUACAUUGGUGUGGACUCGACAGCUCGGAGGUAAACUGCCAAGCACCGCAGUGGACUUUAAUGGAAUCUUGACCAUCCGCAAUGUUCGCCCGGAGGAUGCUGGUAUCUACGUCUGCACAGGCUCCAACAUGUUUGCCAUGGACGAGGGGACAGCAGAGUUACAUGUACCAGCUACAUCCCAGCUCCAUUUUCAAUCACUUGAAAUACUAGAAGGAAACAAGCAAUCAGCAGCACCUGUAGCAACAGUUGAGCCUCCCAUCCUAACAGUCAAGCAGGGGCAGACCGCAGAAUUCCGAUGCACUGCAACUGGCAAUCCACCGCCAACUCUGGAAUGGUUUGGGGGCCAAGGUAAUAUUAUCUCACCAAAUGCAGUCAUUCAGGGCGGACUUCUACGGAUUGUUGCUGUGGAGCAUUCCGAUGAAGCGGAGUACUCCUGCAAAGCUUCAAACAAUGCUGGAUAUCACAUUGCCACAUCCAUUCUCUAUGUGCAGAGUAGUGGCAACCUGCCACAGGUACAGGUCAGUCCACAGCGGAUAGAGGUACCAGAGGGUGAUACUGUUAGAUUGUACUGUCGAGCUGGAGGGCAACCAUCACCGACGCUGGUUUGGAAGAAGUAUGGAGGAGACCUCCCACCACAGGCUAUGUCCGUAUUUGGCUUCUUUCCAACGGGCAUCAGCAAAAAUGCUCAGGCUUUACAGAGGCGCAUUCAAGACCUGCAGGCCAAAGUUGAACGAACAGAUAUUGGCACACUUAUUAUCCAUUCAAUCACUAUGUCCCAAGCUGGUGUCUACCUGUGCGUGGGAACUAAUGCUGCUGGCUCCUCAGAAGGUCGCAUUGAAGUCUCAGUGUUAACCUCAGAAGGAUCGGUACCAGUAAUCCGAAUUCAUCCCUCCCCUGCCUCAGUAACGGAGGGAAACAUACUUGAAUUGUACUGUCAUGUGACGGGGGAUCCUCGACCCAAGAUCACAUGGCGCAAGAGAAGUGGCUACCUAACAUCUAAUCACCAGGUGCAAGGCCCAGUGUUACGCAUUCGACAGGCCACUCGUGCUGAUGCUGGGGAUUAUAUCUGUCACGCUGAAAACAGUCUUGGAAUGCAAGAAGUUUCAGUCUCUGUGUCAGUCAGCUCCAGUGAUUUCCCCCAGAGAAGUGCCCCAACAGUACGGGUUCACCCUUCACGUACCUCAGUAGGUGAAGGAGAGAUGCUGGAGUUACACUGCCAGGUCACAGGGUACCCACAACCCAGGAUCACUUGGUACAAAGUCGCUGGCACUCUCUCAGCCAAUCACCAGGUGCAGGGCCCUGUGCUGCGCAUCCUUCACAUGACUCCUUCUGACAUCGGGGAUUACAUCUGCCGUGCAGAAAAUGAAGUUGGAACACGAGAGGUCAAGUUCUCUGUAUCGGUCACUUCCACUUCAUCCAAUCAAGGAACGGCCCCCACAGUGAUGGUUCACCCCUCCCCCACCUCAGUAAGGGAGGGGGAAAUGCUGGAGUUAUACUGCCAGGUCACAGGUCAACCAGAACCCAGGAUCACAUGGUACAGGGCGGCUGGCUCUCUAACAUCCAAUCACCAGGUACAGGGCCGUGUGCUACGCAUCCUUCGUAUGAGUUCAGCUGAUGUCGGUGAUUACAUCUGCCGCGCAGACAAUGUCCACGGAACACAGGAGGUCAAAUUCUCCGUCUCAGUGCUUCCCUCCACGUAUCAAGGAACGGCCCCCACAGUGAUGGUUCACCCCUCCCCCACAUCAAUAAGGGAGGGGGAAAUGCUGGAGUUACGCUGCCAGGUCACAGGUCAACCAGAACCCAGGAUCACAUGGUACAGGGCGGCUGGCUCUCUAACAUCCAAUCACCAGGUACAGGGCCGUGUGCUACGCAUCCUUCAUAUGAGUUCAGCUGAUAUCGGUGAUUACAUCUGCCGCGCAGACAAUGUCCACGGAACACAGGAGGUCAAAUUCUCCGUCUCAGUGCUUCCCUCCACGUCAAGAAAUGCCCCCACUGUGCUGGUUCAGCCAGCCCCCACCACAGUGAGGGAGGGGGAAAUGGUGCAAUUACACUGUCAGGUCACAGGUCAACCACAGCCCAGGAUCACAUGGUACAGGGCAGCCGGCUCUCUAACAACCAAUCACCAGGUACAGGGCCGUGUGCUACGCAUCCUUCGUGUGAGUCCAGCUGAUGUCGGUGAUUACAUCUGCCGUGCGACAAACGUCUAUGGAAUGCGCGAGGUCAAAUUCUCCGUCUCAGUCACUCCUUCCACCACACGAGGCACUGCCCCGACGGUCAGGAUUAACCCUUCUUCUACCUCUGUCAGUGAGGGAGAAAUGCUGGAGUUACACUGCCAGGUCACAGGUCAGCCUGACCCCAGGGUCACGUGGCACAAAGCAACAGGGCCACUGACAGCCAAUCACCAGGUUCAGGGCAGUGUUCUACGUAUCCUUCGUGUGAAUCCCAAUGACACCGGGGAUUACAUCUGCCGCGCGGAAAACGUUGCCGGAACACGGGAGAUCGCAUUCUCCCUCUCAUUCUCUUCACCUCCAUUCACACGUGAAGGCGCACCAAUCGUGCGAGUUCAACCCCGCCCCAUCUCAGUAACCGAGGGGCAAAUGUUAGAGUUACACUGCCAGGUCACAGGUCAACCUGAACCCAUGAUCACAUGGUACAAGGCAGAUGGUUAUCUAACGGACAAUCACCAGGCAGAAGGCCCUGUGCUGAGAAUCCUGCAGGUGACUCGUGCUGACGAUGGCGAUUAUAUCUGCCGCGCAGAAAACAAGUUUGGAAUGCAACAACUUAAAUUCUCGGUCUCGGUUACCUCCACAGCAACCAGGGCGCUGAUACCAAUUAUAAAUACUGGGCCACAAGAUGUUACUGUCAUUGAGGGUGGUGAUGCUUCCUUCAGCUGUCGAGUUGUUGAUGGAGCUCAACCAUUCAGCAUCGAGUGGAAAACACCUAAUGAACCAUUAGAAGCCAAUGUGAAGAUCAGUGGUGAUGGCUCUGUGAUUAAAAUUACCAGAGCUCGUCAACGUGACCAAGGCCAGUACAAAUGUGUGGCUCGCAAUCAGUUUGGAUCUGCAUUCAGCAUAAUGACUCUGGUUGUACAAGGGCCUCCAACGGUUUCCAUCUCCCCCAGGGGCCCAGUCAGGCUGGGUGUGGGUGAUUCCGUUACACUGGAAUGUAUAGGCAUGGGCGAACCUCGGCCGACAAUCAGCUGGCGUCGGAUCAACGGCAGGCAACGGAGCAACCUGCCGAGGGAAGGCAAUCCCAUCCUAACGAUUUCUUCAGCUCGUCUGCAGGAUUCUGGGACCUACUCCUGCACAUCCUCAAAUAUGUUUGGCACGGUUGAUGCUCAGGUGGAGGUGAUAGUCGAGCGAUCAGCCUCCAGAGCCCAGGUUCCUCAGGUCACUGCCGAACAGCCAUCGUUAACUGUCACAGCAGGACAAAUUGCUACCCUGCACUGCUCAGCUACCGGUUAUCCAACUCCGAUUAUUCAGUGGUCUAAAUUGCGAGCCCCAUUGCCAUGGCAGCACAGGAUUGCCAAUGGAUCUUUGGUUAUUCCUAACAUAGGACUGCAGGAUUCCGGACAGUACAUCUGCAAUGCCUCCAAUUCCGCUGGAUUCAAUGAGUUGUUCAUAACACUGGAUGUAGAAACUGCACCGUAUGCCACCUUUGACCAAGAGGUUGUCACUGUAAGGGUCGGUGAGAUCAUCCGAUUACACUGUCUGUCCCAAGGAACUCCCCCAAUAACAUAUGAAUGGUCCAAGUUGAAUGGAAGUUUGCCAAGCAGGGCGGUGAUGCGCAAUGGGUUCCUGCAAAUCAAUCUUGCCGUUGUAUCGGAUUCAGGAAAGUACCGCUGUCUAGUGAAGAACAAAGUUGGUCAAAGUGAUGCAAUUUCAACAGUGCAUGUGAAAUCUCCGCCAGCAGUGAAAGUAUCGCCGCAAAUUGAGGUACGCAAUAUUGGUGGCACAGUAGAAUUCACCUGCGCAGCUACUGGUCACCCAGAACCCAAGAUUCAGUGGUUUAAGGAGCAAGGACAAUUCCAAUCAAAUCAUAAAAUCGAUAAAGGAGUCUUGAGAAUAGAGAAUAUACAAGAAGGAAAUGAAGGAGUUUAUAUCUGCAGAGCAUCAAACCCAUUUGGGCGAGUGCAGGACAGUGCCAAACUUGUCAUCCAAGCCUUGCCAAUUGUCAUGAUCAACGUGAGGGCGUCCAUGCAGAUGGUAAUGGUGGGUGGGUCGGUAGAAUUCGAGUGCCAGGCUAUCGGGGAUCCCCAGCCUUCUAUUCGAUGGAGUAAAGUGGAUGGAAGGCUCUCGCCUGAAGUUAUCCUCAAGAAUGGAAUGCUGAAAAUUGAUCAUGUGAAAGAGUCUGAUGCAGGGCGUUACCGAUGCACUGCCACCAAUGAAGCAGGGUCCGUCAAGUCUGAGGUGGUCCUAUACGUGCAGUCUGUUCCCAUGAUUGUUCCUCAGCCAGAACUCAAAGAAGUAACAAUUGGAUCCAAGGCUGUGUUUCCAUGUCUAGCCUCUGGAUACCCAGAGCCAGAGAUCACCUGGCAUAAGCUGGAGGGCGAUCUUCCACCUGGAGCCUAUGUCGAGAACAAUAUAUUGACCAUACCAUCAGCUACUACCGAACACACUGGAACAUACGUUUGUACAGCCACAAACGAACAGGGAGAGGAGACAGCGUACGCCAUGUUGAAAGUCAGAGAACGCAAGAUCCCGUAUUUCACACAGGACCCUAUCUCCUACAUUGCGUUGCCCACUAUAAAGGAUGCCUACCAUGAAUUUGAAAUCAGCAUAACAUUCCGCCCAGAUGCAGCUGAUGCUCUCUUACUGUACUCUGGUAUGAUUAUUUACAAUGGCCAGGAGCAGACAACGGGAGCAGACUUUAUCUCAUUCGCAUUAGUCGGAGGCCGCCCUGAAUUCAGGUUCGAUGUGGGUUCUGGCAUGGCCACCAUCCGUCACCCUAACCUCAUUUCUCUGGGAGAAUAUCACAAUGUAGUGUUAUAUCGGAACUUGACUCAGGGCUCGCUGUUUGUAGACAAUGAUCCUCCUGUCAAUGGGAGUUCUCAGGGAAACUUCCGAGGUCUGGAUUUAAAUGAAGAGCUUUAUGUUGGCGGUUACCCCCAUUUUGAAAACAUUUCAAAAGUCACUGGAAGCAACAGCGGGUUUAUGGGCUGCAUUCGCCAGCUUGUAAUUCAGGGUGAUGAGGUGAUCUUCUCCGCUCCAGAUCUGAAAGCUAGAGGAAUAUCUGACUGCCCAACCUGCAAAGACAAUCCUUGCAAGAAUGGAGGUCAAUGUGUUGACUCUGAGACUGGCAGUUAUACAUGUCACUGUAGGAGGGGAUAUACCGGGAGCAACUGUGAACAUUCACUCGCUCUACACUGUCACCCAGAGGCCUGUGGGCCGGACGCUACUUGUGUGAACAAACCGGAUGGCCUUGGGUAUAACUGUCGAUGCCACCUGGGCAAACGAGGGCCGAAAUGUAUGGAUGGUGUCUUAAUUACAGCUCCUUCCUUCAGGGGAGGGCACUCUUUUGUGGCAUAUCCACCCCUGACCAACGUUCACAAUGAGCUGACCAUCGAGCUAGAGUUUAAGCCUCACUCACCAAACGGCCUGAUGUUCUACAGCAGUGGACAAAGGAUGAAAAUGAAUGACUUCAUCUCGGUCGCCAUGUUGAAUGGACAUUUGGAGUUCCGAUACGACCUGGGCUCAGGACUUGCUGUUCUACAGAGUGUGAAACCGGUGGCUCUCAACAAAUGGCACAGACUGAAAGCGCAUAGACACAACAAGGAUGGUUUGCUGAAAAUAGAUGAUGAGAAAGAGAUCAGAAGAGUCUCGCCAGGCAAAAGCCAAGGUCUGAACCUUCGCAGCCCCAUGUAUCUUGGAGGUGUGCCCAGUUCAGAGAUUCUCCCCAAAGCAGUAAACAUCACAGAAGGGAUUGAAGGCUGUAUCACUGAGGUUUCCAUUAAUGGGAAGAAGGUGGAUCUCUCCUACACCUUUACAGACAGUCUGAAUGUGGUUCAGUGUGGUGACAGCUCACCGUGUGACCGUGCUCCUUGCCUGCAUGGUGGAACGUGUAGAGUAACUGGAGAGUAUGAAUACCAAUGCAUCUGUACAAAUGAGUAUCAGGGUGAGAAUUGUGAAAUUCCAUGGGACAUCUGUUUGCAGGGAAACCCUUGUAUGAACGGUGGGACUUGUGAGAAGAAUCAGUGCUGGUGUCCGAUGGGGUAUACUGGAUCAUACUGUGAGCUAGGUAUGUCUGCUGUUACUCCAGCACCAGAGUGGCACAUGGAGGGUAGUGCGGACUCUCCUGUGCAAUAUGGAGCCUUCUUCCAUGAUGGAGGAUACAUUGUGUUGCCAAAACAGAUGUUCCCAAGGAGUUCUCCAACUGCCCCUGAAACCAUUGAAAUGGAGGUUCGUACAACAUCACGUGAUGGGAUCCUGCUGUGGCAGGGAGUGAAACAGGGAGAAAAUGGAAAAGGAAAGGACUUUGUUGCUCUUGGACUCCAAAACGGUCACGUGCUCUUUAGUUACCAACUGGGAAGUGGUGAAGCCAAUAUCCUCUCAGAAGAUCCAAUCAAUGAUGGAGAAUGGCAUAAAAUAAUUGCUGUGCGGGAAGGAAAAUCAGGAUAUAUCCAAUUGGAUGGUGAUGGUAUUGUGAGGGGAGAAUCCAAAGGAGACAAGGUCAUGGUAAACACGAGGGGAAGUGUCUACUUGGGUGGUGCCCCAGAUGUUAAACAUUUUACAGGUGGUAAAUUCACCUCAGGAAUUACCGGCUGCAUCAGGAAGGUGGUCCUUGUAAAUAAAAGACCAGACCAACAUCAGGUUCAACCAGUCGAUCUGCGAGUUCACGCUGAGGGAGGGGUCAAUGCUCGAGAGUGUCCAUCAUAGGCAUUCGGACUCACUAAAGGCAAAGUAGAGACUUCUGGGAAAGGUGCUUUGCUGCUAUUAAAUUGGAUUGUUUUGUGUUCUUUAAUGCAGUCCUCUUUAACCAAAAAAAACAAAUCAUCACAAUGUCAGCCCAUUGUAUUCCGUUGAAUGAAGGGUUUUAGCAACUCAGCUUGAUUUAUUUUGUAUCUACAAGAGCCAUUCAAGAACACCAGCAUUAUCCUGAGACAGAAGAUCCUAUGGACUUAGAUUUCUCUAGCACUGAAGUUUGGGAUAAUAGUGAAGAGGAACAGUUGGUAACCAAUCUUCCACCUUUGCCUCUGAAUUUUAGUACCGACUCUGACCUGGCUGGUGUUGACUUGAAAUGAAGUAGGCCAGUUCAGUCAUCACUCAUUUUAUUACAACAAAGGUUCACAAGCUGCGUACCUGAAGUACUGAAAUAUCAGAGGGUUGGCGACUGUAGAAGUUCUAUAAUUGUACAAAAUAUACAGAGAUCUGAAUUGGUACCAGUGUAGAAAAAUGUCAAGCAUUUAUAACAACUUUACUUCUGUCUAUUGAAUUAGCAGGCAUUUUCUGUGAACAUACACUGUUAGCUUUCCAAUUAAUCAGCAUGUGCUGAAGUCCAGAGAGAUGAUUAAACCUAUUCCUGAAUGUAUACCCUGUGUAUUGGCAUAAAAUGCCACAUCUUCAAAUACUAGAAAUGUGCAGGUCAGGAUACAUACUCCCAAAGGUGGCCAUUGAAUAUGUAAGAUUCACCAUGAGGGUUUGACAUCCUAGGGUUAGGUAACCAGAAAUCAGUAAUGUCAAAGCACAUUUAGGGACAAAGUUGUUCUGAAAGCUCACUUUGUUAGUAGUGUGGUAGUACAGUGCUGGCCUAGCAAUCCCAGGGAUUGAGAGUUCAAAACUCAACAGGGAAAAUUGAAUUUGGGCUGAUGAAAACUAUCAAUACCUGUCUCCAGACCCCCAUUUCAUUCUUAAUGCUGUCAGCGUAACUAGAGAUGUACAAUAAAAGCCAACCUUUUUCAGAGUACUCACAUCCUCAGAAUAAUAUAUUUUUAAUACAAAACUUAAUCCCACGUUGCUUCAUAUGCCUUUUACAUAAAUGCAUCUAUUCAAGACAGUUGUGUCUUGAAGUCGAGGAGUUCAGCAAGAGCCAGACUUUUAAAACAAUGGACUAUUAGAGGGCAUGGUCUUCAGGAUAAAAAUUUUCAUUACCUCAUCAAUGUUUGUAAAUCCUCAGUUCAUUAACAAUGAGUUGGAUGUUAUGAAAGGUUGGACAUGAGACUGUUCUGACUGUGUACCUCCCAGGUGCGAGGAAGUCACUGAUGCUUCCAAGAAGGUAGUGCCCUUUUACCUUAUGAACAAGGCCUUGGUCAAUGUCUAUAUUGUUUUUCAGUUUGUUGGCUCCUUUCAUUUGACAGAUUAGCCACUUCACAAAAAUGAAUCUGAUGAAUCUCUCUGUUCUUGUAUUGUGCUGGCCUGCUGAUGUAAAUCCACCUGAAGAUGUUGAGAUUUUCUUAAUCUCCCAAUGUGCUGACCCUAUCAAUUGCCUUAAGGAUUUGAAUAUUUUUUAAACAGUAUAAAGGUUUAGGAAGUUGAGUUAAAUUUGGUGAUCAACAUUGGCAUCUACCUUCUAACUAAAGAGCUCUCUUGGAACUGUUGAUAAUGCGGUGACUGGCAUUACUGGAAUACCAAGGGAGCAGGUAAACAUUACAGAAAGAAGUAAGCACACAAAUCAGACAAUGAGGUGCAAAUGCACCAAUCUCUGGUACCAACAACACAUCCUUGCUCCAUUCGUGGGGCUUUAGGUUAAGGUUCCAACAUCCAUACUUAAUGUUUAAUGAAGGAUUGAUAUUUCACUUUGAAGGUUAAACUAUUCUUUGCAAUUGAAGACCUUUGAGUAUUAUUCAGAAUUGAUGUAUUCAUUGAGAGAGCCAUCUUGUGAACCUUUUAUGAAAAAAAAAUUGCUGGACAAAUAUUCAACAAAAAUUCCUAAACAGAAAACAAACCAGAGCACCCAUGCAGUGUUGAUGUUUUAUUCAAACUACUGACAUCUCUCUUUCUGAGUGUAGCCAGGGCGAUCACAUGAAGUCAAUGUUAGCGCUCUUAACAUUUUACUAUGCAUUUUGAUGGUAUGCGCAACAUCCUUGAAUGUUAUUGUAAUAUUUGAUCUUUUUCUGUUUCUUCUUUAUCCAAAGACAUUUUCUUCUGUAAUCUGCAAUAUUAACAAACCCGAUUCCUCAGUCACUGAGUCAGCAGUUCAGCUCCCAAUCAAGUGUAUGUUCCGAUUAAAUGGAGCAGGUUUGAGAUGUGCCAUAGAUUUGUCGCAUGUAUCUAUUAAGCCAUAAGAAAAACACAAUUUUAUUCUUUCUUUGUUCAAUGGAAUAACUUGUAAUGGCUUCAUUUUUCUUCUCACCAUUCUUUGGGGAUUGAUGGUCAUGACUGCACAUUAGAAAGUGAUAGUAUUUCAUUCAGACUCUGGUUUAGGAAACCAUACGAGGAACGCCACCAGCCUCUACACCAUCUUCAAUUAGGCACUAGUGCUGUGGACUACUAGAACAAUUAGGAAACUAAGUUCCCCUUUGCCGUUAAUUUGAAAUGCAUCUUGGUAGUAAUCCAAUUCAGUUUUCAUCCUGCAAGUUGUUUAGUAUACAAGUUCUUUGUUUCUCUAGUCAAGGUAGUGGGGUGAAUGGGACUGGAGAAGAAUGGGGCCAGAAGGGAAAUAAUCAAUACGUACCCGGAUUAUAGUAUUGCUUCAUAAGAUGAAUAGAAGUUUCUUUCUUUCCCCUUGGCAGUUACAGGUCUGCACGUUAUACUGGCUGGUUCCAGAGUGAAGACAGCAACUUAAUACACAACUGCCAGUUAUUGUGAUUUCCUAAUGUUACCUCCCUAGGAAGAGGCCAGUGCCUCCAAUAAUCCCCACAGAUUGUCACAUGGGUAUUUAGAAUGCAUCCUCUCAGCAUUUUUAUGCAUUUUGUGUUAACCAUAUUUUACAAAUUUGACUUCCUAAUAUCAAUGUGGUCAAAUAAAGAGUGAAGCAGCCAGAGAAGUGAUACAGACUCUGGUAUGCAUCCUAAUGGCGUAUUUCUGUCGGUGCUACAAUCAUAGUUAUCCACAUGUUGAGAUAUAUUAACACUUCUCACUCACUUUUCACACCUGAUCCCUGUUGUGGGUGACACAAUGGCUUUAUACUUUGCUGUUCAUUUCUAUUAGAGUUGCAGAUAGGAAAUGAGCAGUAAGUAUCAAAAACUGUGCAGCAGUGAAGGGAAAAUCUGGAUCCAGCAAUUAGAGCUGAGACUUCAAAAUAGAUUGACAUUUUGUCAAUUUUUUAAAUACGGAAAUGGGAACAUUUGGCACCAAGGCUCACCUGUCACCAGUCCUUCAGCAAAAACAUUCACUCACAUAACUAUUCAGAUCUAACCAUCCUACUAGCUGGGACCUGCAUGUUCCAUGUGCUGUAUUAACCCACUAAAGAUAUCUGAAGGAUAAACAGUAUUUUUUUGUUUAAGGAAAUUUUUUUUCUGUUAUAUUAACUUUUUGACACCAAGAGCGAAGGCCUUGCAAUGUAGAUUGUUAUGUUAAAAAAUAAAGCAGCAGUCCAUUUGGAGGUUAUUCAGUGACUUGGUAAGUAAGGAUAUAACUGAACUAUUUUUAAAAAAAGCAAUUGGAAGCUGAUUUUUU